AUGAAGUGGAUUCAUCGAGAUGUGAAGCCUGACAACUUCUUGAUCGGUGCGGACGGUCACUUGAAGAUCUCGGAUUUCGGCCUGGCGUUUGAUGGUCUUUGGGAGCACGACCAGAAGUACUUCCACAACCAACGGCACAGUCUGAUGUCCGAACUCAACCUUGACGUGGAAGGCGAUGUCGAUGAUCGACGUGAUACUGCCCGACGACUCAAACGCCAGGGAGGAGAAGGAGGCGAUUAUGACGCUGCUGCCUCACCACUGGAAGACAAUCCCUUCGAUCCAGCCGCUGAGAAGUUGAUUGACUGGCGCAAUAAGAACCAGCGACGCAGACUUGCACGAUCAGUGGUUGGUACCAGCCAGUACAUGGCUCCAGAAGUCAUUCGUGGAGAGCUCUACGAUGGUCGAUGGUAUACUCCAUUUGCUUGCGAAGAUCGCCAGAACACGAAGCUCAAAAUCCUGAAACACCACGAAACUCUGCGUUUUCCUGCUCCUCAAGAGUCGGUACAACAAGUAUCGCCCGAAGCCCUCGAUUUGAUGAAACGGAUACUCGUGGAAAAGGAAACCAGGCUCUGUACAAGACGGUACGAGCUGAAUGACUACACCAGAAAGUUCUUCGAUAAUGGUGCUAGACUUGUGCGUGUGGACAAGACACACCGCAACUAUAGCAGCUUCUUCGUGUAUCCGGACGAUGCGGAGGAUAUCAAGAACCAUCCGUUCUUCUACGGUAUUCCUUGGGGAAAUAUGCAGGAUUUUGGUCCACCCUUUACACCACGUGUACAAAGCUGGGAGGAUACCAAAUACUUCGACGAUGAAGGCCCUAUCUCCGACAUCGACAGUGGAAGUUCUGAAGAUGACCUUCAGGGUCAGAGACUGGAGAAGGAUCGCCUCAAUCCUAGCUCGCAUCAACACGAGGCACAGAACAUCGUACCAGAAAGUCCUGCAGCGGAGAAAGAAGAUGUGCAGGUACCAUUAUCCUGCACUAUCAAACCAAAGCGGCCUCGAGAGAAGAAGCGACCGAGAGACAAGAUCUUGCGAGAUGCCAAUUGUGGAAAAAUAGCACUACAAAUGAGGAAGAACAGCGCCUUCAUGGGGUACAGCUACCGUCGACCCAAGAACAUCAGUGAGGUGAUCGAGGAAGUAUUAGAGAACGAAGGAAGGGUCGGCGAGAAUGAGCUCAUCUUUGAAGUCAACGGUCAGUCGUGA